AUGGCCCAACACGGCUUCAGCCAGUUUAGCAAUGGCCAUGGCGGGGCGAGUAUCGACCCUAAUGAUCUCGCCAUGUCAGGUGGCUACUCACCCUCAUUCAACAACUUCAACUCCAACUCUGGAAGCGGUACCAACGGCUUCACCAACAGUUCCGCCAUGUUUGAUGACGAUGAGCUUCUCGAUGGCCUUAACGGACCCCCUGUCACCCAAUCUGGAAUGUCAGGUCAAGGCCAGGACUACUCCGGACUAAGUAUGGGUGGAUUUUCUCAGAAUGCCUUCUCCCACCGUAACUCUGGACUGCAAAUCGACCAGUCCCAUAUGAACGGCUACUCAAGUACACCCGACGGAGAUCCUAUUCAGAGUCCCUUCAACACCGGUUUUAACCCUCAGUACCGGCAAAUGCAAGGCCACUCCCUUGGAACUUCCCUACAUUCACCCUUGUCCUACUCGGAGUCUCCCUUGGCUGGUGCCAUGAAUGCCGAUAGCAACGAUCCGAACUACCUCAAGACCAGAGCUCGAAUGUCUCAGCAGAUGCAGCGAAAGACGUCCAACAGCCGUAGUCCCAUGUCUCCUAUGACUCCAAAGACCGCUACCCUUCACGGAAUGACAAUCGGAUCACAGGAGUCACCCGGUUUCGGUGGCCAAGCUAUGAAGUCGGCCAAUGGCCAGUGGCUUAACACCCCCGCUGGAAGCAUCCCUGCGUCAUAUAACUCAGGCUUCUCCUCUCCCAUGCAGCCUGGCAUGAACCAGAUCAGUGAGGUCAUGAUGAAGGGUGGCACCUCAAUGCCAGCCAAGCUCGGUGUUGGUUCAAACGCCGUCUCAUCCCAGGAAAUGAAGAGAAAGCGACGUCGGGAGUCCCACAACCUUGUUGAGCGCCGCCGACGAGACAACAUAAAUGAAAGGAUCCAGGAUCUCAGCAGGCUGGUUCCUACUCACCGUUUGGAAGAUGAGAAAAUUCGAAAGCUUAUCCAGAACGGGACACCUCUUUCACCUUCAUUGACCGGAAUUGCCAGUCCUCAGGCGACAUCAGGACUCGCUGGACCAGGCGCUCGGAGAGCAACCGGAACUUCUGCUGGCAAUAUCACAACAGGUCUUCCUAUCGAGGACAAGGAUAAGGGACCCAACAAGGGCGAUAUCCUCAACGGCGCCGUCAGCUGGACUCGGGAUCUGAUGUGGAUGCUCCAUCUCAAGCUUCAACAGCAGGAGGAGAUGAUGAACACUAUCGCCGAACUUGGUGGCCACUUUCCCUUUGAGAUGACAGAAGAUGAGCGCCGUAUGCAGACCGAGCUCAUGGAUGCCAUUACAAAGAGUGAGAAUGGUACUUUCUCUUACACGCGAACAGCUGGAUCUGGUCUGCGAGUGCCUCAACACACUGACUACCGAGGCGAUUCUCUGAAUGGAGGCAGCAGCCUUGACCCCGUUGCCAUUAGCCCAGAUGACAACCUCGAUCUGAAUGACACAAAUCAAUUCUGGCACGACCCUGAUGACAACAGCAACCAUGCUUCCGUCAACUUCAAGGAAGAGGAUGAGUAUGAUAUGGAUAUGACGCAGUAG